AUCGCUCAAGGUUUGUCACAGGGGGAAAAACUGGCACACCGUAUGUACAAACAAAACAACACACACACGCAACACCGUCUGUACUAAUAUGAAAGAUUUGUCUACGUUUCGGGCUGACACUUUUCUGGAAAGUUUCAUCAGUGUCCGAUAGCACAUCUCUGUCACAGCCCAGUGUGUGUAGAGAUAGCUUCGCGGACAGUCAAUUACGCAGAAAUCGCAGAGCAGCAUCCAAAAUGAAAUUCGCCGUAGUAUCCUUCCUGUUGGUGGCCCUGCUUGGGCUGGUUGCCGUCGGUGAGGCUCAGCUGAAGAAUCUGGCCUGCGUUACGAACGAAGGACCGAAAUGGGCCAACACGUACUGUGCCGCUGUGUGCCACAUGUCUGGACGUGGCGCUGGAUCUUGUAACGCUAAGGACGAGUGUGUUUGUUCGAUGGCUUAAGAUCAUGAUGGAGGAGCUGGUAAUGAGCUGGUUAGAUGCAGUUGGAGAUGGAAAGGAAUAGUGAAUACAAGGAAUAAAGUUAUUAUCUACACUUA